CACCUCAUCCCUCGCUUCUUCCUAUAUGCCAAGCCCCAAAACUCCUACACCAAAAGCGCCCCCUCCCUCUCUCUCUCUCUCUCUCUCUCAAAACAUUCGCGCGCGCGCAUCAUAACGCCAUGGUGAUCCAAGAGCAGGAGAAGCUCGUGUACGGCCUGAAGCUCUCCUCCGUUGGGCCGGCCCGGGUGACGGGGGCGGACGCGGUCCACGAGCCGGCUGCUGCGGACCUAGCCAUGAAGCUGCACUACCUGAGGGGGGUCUACUUCUUCGCCGGCCCCGCCGUGGAGGGUCUCACCGUCCCGAGGAUCAAGGAGUCUAUGUUCUCCUGGUGCACCGACUACUACGCCGUGUGCGGCCGCUUCCGGCGCUCCGACUCUGGCCGCCCCUACAUCAAGUGCAACGACUGCGGGGUCCGCUUCGUCGAGGCCGAGUGUGACAGCACCGUCGACGAGUGGCUCGAGGCCGACGGCCACGGCUCGCUCCUGGGGCCGCUCGUCUCGCACCAGGUCGUUGGCCCCGAGCCGUUCUUCUCCCCUACAUGUCUCGUCCAGGUGACCCGCUUCAAGUGCGGAGGCAUGUCAUUGGGCCUUAGCUGGGCCCACGUACUCGGCGACCCGUUUUCGGCCUCCGAUUGCUUCAACAUGUUGGGCCGCAGCUUAUCGGGCCUCCUCGCCGACGGGCCCAAAGGGCCAAGAGCACUUUCUGGGCCCAGAAGACUGGCGGACCCUCCGGAGCUCGCAAGAGAACCCGCGUCCAUCAAACGGGUCAGCCCGGUAGGAGACCACUGGGUGGUUGACGGCAAUUGUAACAUGGGGACAUUCACAUUCCACCUUAGUCCAGACCAAUUGGCACAUCUGAAGUCAAAAGUGGGUGGGGAGGGUCAUGGAGAGAAAUUCCCACCGUUUGAGUCUCUUUGUGCCAUCCUUUGGCAGCUAAUAGCCAAAGUAAGAGCAGGGAAUGAGCCAAGCACUGUGACCCUCAUCAAGAAUGACCCGAGCAAAAGGGAGAAUGGGAUUUUGAGCAACAGUCUGAAGAUAUGCUCGGUCAAGGCAGAUUUCUCCGUUGCCGAUGCCGACCCAGGAGAGAUCUUGAGGUUACUAAUUGAUAGAGCGGAGAACGAGAGCAACCUCAUUGAGGAAGCUGUCGAACGAGAUGGCGGAGUGGCUGAUUAUGUUGUGUAUGGGGCCAAUCUGAGCUUCGUGGAGUGGGAAGAGGUCAGCAUGUAUGGGUUGCAGUUGAAUGGGAACCGACCAAUUUUCGCGAGUUAUGUGAUCGAAGGCGUUGCAGAUGAAGGGGCAGUUUUCGUGCUUCCGGGGCCACCAAGUUCCGGCAAGGACAGCGGCCAGGGAAGGGUGGUGACUGUGAUUUUGCCGGAGUAUCAGUUGCUCCAGUUGAAGAGUGAACUGGUAAAGCAGGACAUUUUGUUGGUUUAGAGCAUUUCGAGGUUCCUGUUUAGCGUAACGUAAGAUGGAGAAUCUGACCUGUGUGUUAGAAUGUUCGGUUUCUGUGUGUAAGUUGGUACUCACGGCCCAAGGAGGAGACGAACUUGGGCUGCUUGUAGGGCCAUGUGAAAGAACAGGAAUUAUCAUUUCCUCUUUAUCGGCGUGAUUGCUAUAUUGAAUAAUGUUUUUGCUUGA